CGACAAUUCAGGUUCAGAGCGAAAGUGUUUCAUCAUAGCCUCCACUUUUAUUGGGAUUGGGACACGAAUUGAAUGCAGGACGAACACGAACGAAUACUAGGGUGAUAGCAUGGGGAUCGAACUGAUAUCAUAGCUUCAUCAUUGACCCAUGCUCGAGGGCGAAAAGUGACAUCAGAUUGAAUCCACCACCAUUGCUGCAUCAACUGUAUAUAAACCCUGGCGAAAUUGAACGGUGGGAUUGCUCGAAGCAGAUUCAAAGCCAUUGAGUGUCACUCUUACAACUAUUCCAACGGAAAUUUUUUCCAUACUCAACCCAACAACUUCUUUCCCUUAUCCAGACAACCGCCACAAAACAACAACCAGAAUGUCUUCCCCUCACCGCGGCGGCAGACUCGAGGACAUGGCCCCCUCGGGCACCACCAUCCCCAACGACGCGGGCCUCCAGAACACCAUCCCCUCGGUGCCGCGCCCGGACCAGCGGGCCGAGCACGGCGGCUUCGACAACUACGGCGUCGCCCAGCCCUCCGCCGCCUUCGCGGCGGAUAACGCCACCGACAUGCCGCGCAGCGCCCGCGACAUGGGCGCCACCGGCGAGGUCCUGACCGGCACCGGCAACUCCUUCCCCGCCGAGGGCGAGUCCAAGCGCACCUUCAUCGGCAAUCAGCACCCCGGCGCCAAGGGCCACGGCCGCGACCUGAAGCACCGAAACCUGAACCGCAGUGGCUUCGAGCGGUUCGCGGCCGAGGAGGAUGACGCUGCUGGGGAGCAUCAGAUUCGGAAUGAGUAAAUGGUGUCAUGCUGUUUGAUGACGAUUUCUUUUAAAGUCGCGGCUGGUAUGCGGCUUUUUGAUGGGUAACGAUAUUUGUGAUGGAUGGAAUGAUGGAAUUAUUGUAUUAUGGAGCCUUUUUUUGUUGAGAUUGACCUGGGUUGUGAAUGGGUCAUGUUUGCUGUAUAAUGAUGAAUCGCAUGAUAUGAUCAAUAUCAUUGUCAAUACUCGUCCGCAUUGUAGUUGGAC